UUCGCUGCAGUCUAACGAUGUUUACAUGUGUAGCAUGGCUGCAUCUGCAGGGCAAAUUGUGCACUCGGGUGAUGCUGCGAUCAGGAUUUUAAAGUGGAGAAUUAAAUCAGGUAGCAGGUUGUCUCACGGGACAGGACUUUUGCUUUACGAGCCCGUAAAUUCCUCAUCUUCGGUUGUAUCGGACUUGCCGCUCAAGCUCAAGUCCUGUCACGAUGGCACGGUGGAAGUGCUUGUAGCGAAAGAAGGUAGCGUGGUGAAUCCGGGUGAUGUGCUGCUGCAGCUGAAGCAAUGUACCCACCCAAUUGUGAUGAAAGACCUCUGUGCAGAAUGUGGAGCAGACUUGAGAGGACUCUGCUCUGAAACACAAGAUGGGGUGGCAGAACCAGCUUCCAUUAGCAUGAUUCACCAUGUCCCAGAACUGCGUGUCAGUCAUGAGCAAGCCCAACAACUCGGCAAGGCAGAUGAGCGACGGCUGCUGAGCUACCGUAAACUGGUGCUACUUGUGGAUCUGGAUCAGACACUAAUUCACACCACCAGUGACUACGUGCCUCCAAACAUCCAGGAUGUCCACCACUUCCAGCUGUAUGGACCGCAGUCGCCCUGGUAUCACACUCGCAUUCGGCCAGGCACUAAGCACUUCCUGGAACAAGUAUCGCAGCACUACGAGCUUCAUAUCUGCACCUUUGGGGCCCGUCCAUAUGCACACACCAUCGCCAGCCUUUUAGAUCCAGACGGGAAAUACUUCUCAUACCGGAUCUUGUCACGGGACGAGUGCUUUAAUCCCACCUCCAAGACGGGAAACCUAAAAGCACUUUUCCCAUGUGGGGACUCAAUGGUGUGCAUCAUCGACGACCGAGAGGAUGUCUGGAACUAUGCGCUCAACCUGGUGCCUGUCAAGCCCUAUGUUUUCUUCAAGAAUACGGGUGACAUCAAUGCUCCUGGAGGUGUCCAGAUAAGAAGUGAGAAUGGAAGGUGGCCAGAGGCUGCCUCGAAUGCACCAGCCAUUGUCGAAAAUGGGAACUUCACUCCUACAGGAGUCACAGACACCCAUGAGGAGAGUUCUGACACAGCCCUUAAUGCACCAGACAGUGCAAAUGGAGACAGUAGUGCUUGCGAGAAGAGCAGUACUGACGCUAGUCCUGAAAAUACAGGUGACCUGAUGAGGGAUGAGGAAGUUUGCCAACCAAAGGAUGUCGCAAUUUCUUUAGAGAAGGUUGAAGACAUUAGAGAUGGGACGGAUGAUGCAACCAAAUUACAUAAUGUAGAAGAAGAUCACGAGAUAGCAGGUAAAACUCCUGUAGAGCAUGGUAACAUUGAAGGAGUAACAUCAGUAGAAGUGGUAAAAGCUAAAGAUAUCAUAGAGAGCACUACAACUGAUGUGAAUGCAGAAAGUAGUGUGAAUAACAGUGGCAACACCAACAGUGGAGCACGAGCAGAUGAGGAAAGCAAGGAAAGUUUAAAACAGAAGCCGGAAAGUCUUCCUGGCAGUUCGGAUGACAUUGAAGAUGACGAUGAUUACCUUCUCUACCUGGAAGAAAUCCUUCGAACAAUUCACAAAGCUUAUUAUGAUAUAUUUGAUCAGCUGCAGGCUCAGCAUUCUAAAGGAGUCCCCGAUUUGAAGAACGUUGUGCCAUAUGUGCGCCGCAAGUGCCUCAAAGGAGUGCAAGUGGUGUUCUCGGGUGUCAUCCCCACUAACCAGGACCCUGAAAAAAGCAAGAUAUACCAAGUGGCACGGUCCUUAGGUGCAAAGGUGGCACAUGACUUGGGACCUGGUGUCACACAUCUUGUAGCUGCAAGGCCCGGCACAGCAAAGACCAACAAGGCACGCAGGAUGGGAGGCAUACACCUGGUGAAUCCUGGCUGGCUGUGGUGCUGUGCAGAACGCUGGGAACAUGUGGCUGAGCAGUUGUUUCCUCUUGCAAAGUGUGAGAAUAUGGUUGCACCCCAGCAGUGUCCCAUUCCAAUACAAGAGCUGGAAAGAAAGGUCACAAUGGUCACUGCUGAAGAGGAGGAAGUUCAGCAGAAGGUGCCUGGAAUAAGCGUUGCUGUGGAGAUGCCAGUGUAUGAUCCAGUCACUGGGAAACGCAUCUGGACUGUGGAGCAGCGAGAGUUAAAGGAACGCAUCACUACACCACAUACAGCCUCAACAGACUCCAUUCAACAAGAUCACUUAGAGGACACACAUGAGAAUGACGGAAGCCUGACUGAGAGGACAAACCCCCACUUGAGCAUGUCACCAGACGAACUCAAGGCCAUGGACAGGGAAGUAGAAGAUGCAUGCAGUGAAGGAGAUGACGAUGACGACAGCAGCAAUGAUGGUGACCCUCGGCCACUUCCUCCACUCAUUAGUGAGGAGGAGUCUUCUACUGAAAGCCUCACUGGGGGUGAGUGUCCGAAGGGGUGGCGCAAACGCAACAGGAACUGUACGGAGAAAAACAAAAAAAGCUGUGUUGUUGAUGACCUGGAAGGCAUUUAUGAGGAUGACCAAGAACUGCCAGUGCUAAAGUUCCCCCGAUGUGAACUGCCAGAGGAUAGCGACCGUUCUGUAACGGGGGAUGGGGACUCAUCAGAUAACACAUCUGUCGGUUCGGCCGACGAAGAGAUGGCGGCAGCUGUCGAGAGAGAGUUUUUGGGACUGUGAUCAGUUGUGAAAGUAUGCAUGUGGGUGUACAAAUAUGGCAAAAUCCUCCUCAUUCCCCCCUUUUCAUCAAGUUGUCUUCGAGUUCUUGUGGUGUUCAAAAAUGUGACAGGUGAUUCUUAAAAAGCAAAAGUAGGUAUAUUUACUGAAAAUAUUUUUGUCUCCCUUUUAUCAUUGUUCUCCCUUGUACAUAGUUAUACACUGGAUAAUAUAGGUCAUUGUGUGCUAUUGAACAUUCAGGAGUCCAUGCUUUUCAAAACAUGCUGGAGUACUGUAAAAAGAGAAGAGAGUGGUGUGAAAGUGCUCACCUGAGCUGCUCGAAUAAAACAAAUCAUGUGAUAGUCAUA